AAAAUUUUUCGCAUCAUAACCAGUGUUAAUAUUUCAAUUUUGUUUUAUUUCUUUUAGAUAAGUCUUUUCCCAUUCAGCUCAUUUUUUGUUCAAAUGAGUUUUUACUAUUAUUUAGAUCUCUUUUUGUUUUGCAAAGUGUGGUGGAUAGUUACAUUUUUCCCACAUGGACUACAUGCCUACAGCAAAGAAGGUGAUUACGCUGUGUUACGUGGCGCUAUCAUUCGAAUGGAUUGUGUUCCCAUGGGUUUUCAGAUUUAUGGGGGAAGGGACAUCGGUGCUUCUUACAACUGGACUUAUGAAGAUGGUAACGAACUGGUGAAUGCUCGAUUUACAAAAUUUCGAAAUGGUCAACUUGAAAUCACCAAUGCCCACAUUGGAGACAGUGGGGUAUACAAGUGCAAAUACAUACCAUCUUCGCGUAUGAUUUCAGCAAGUCAAGGCAGCCAUGUGUUUGAACAUAAACUCAUGGUUUACGAAAUAUCGGGUCGCAAAUUUGUUUCUCGAGUAUACCUUGACAUGUCCGAGACCAGCAUAGAAGUUGCGUUGACGAUGCUCCGAGAUUUGAUGGUGGCAACAGUCUGUCGCCAUGAUCUGUGCUUCCCGGAUGAAAUCAAAACACCAAAAUGUGAGUUUCUUGAAUCGAAAAAGCAAGUGUGCGAAUUCUCUAUACCCUAUGAAGCUGUGAACCAAAUAGCAGAUGAGAGAUGCCAGGAAGACUGCGUAAGAGAAAACAUGCUCUCUGCACUUAAAAAGGCCGAAAAAAAUCUGGAAACAAGUCUAAUGAGUAUGUCCGAAAACGAAAAUAGCCACCUGAAAGCUGACAUGGUAACUUUUGAGACGCAGCACUUGAUUACAUGCAAGGCCGGAUUUCACCUCAUCAAAUCGCACUUUAAAAGAUGUUUUCCUUGCCACCCAGGCACUUAUAGCAAGGCUAAUAGCCUGACAUGUGACAUGUGUAGUGUCGGAUUUUACCAAGAACGCUACGGGAAGCACGAGUGUGAGAAAUGUGAGGAAGGCAAGACGACGGAGACUAUGGGAGCAAAGUCAAAAGAGGAAUGUGUACCAGAAGAAAAUAAAGGAAUUUUAAAUGGCAUCAAAGAAGGAAUUUUGUCCAUAUUUACUGGCUGAAAUAAGAUGAGUCUCGUGAAGCACUUGAAAGAAAUAUUACGUUAACAGUGGGCAGACUUUCUUUUAUUUCGUCGUAUAUAAUGCCUUUGUCAAUUAAAAAUAUUCUAAGAACGUUAAAGUUGGAAUGUGAAGCCUAAGUAUGCUUAAAAUAAAUAGCUAUAAAAUAAAACUGAAUUAAUAUAUAAUUAAAAUAUUUAUUGUAUAUAAAAUAUGUGCUAUUAAAAUAAUGAGUAAAAGAUUUGUUGCAAACAAAA